AUGAGGUCUCUGGUUUUUGUUCUGCUCAUUGGAGCUGCCUUUGCCACGGAGGACGACAAGAUCGUCGGAGGGUAUGAGUGCACGCCUCAUUCCCAGAGCUAUCAGGUGUCUCUGAACUCUGGCUACCACUUCUGUGGAGGCUCCCUGGUCAACGAGAACUGGGUUGUGUCUGCUGCUCACUGCUACAAGUCUCGUAUUGAGGUGCGUUUGGGAGAGCAUCACAUUAGAGUCACUGAGGGUAGUGAGCAGUUCAUCAGUGGUUCCCGUAUGAUCCGCAACCCCUACUACAACCGCUACACUCUUGCAAAUGACAUCAUGCUGAUCAAGCUGAGCAAGCCCGCCACCCUCAACCAGUAUGUGCAGCCUGUGGCUCUGCCCACCAGCUGUGCCCCCGCUGGCACCAUGUGCAAAGUCUCUGGCUGGGGCAACACCAUGAGCUCCUCUGCUGACGGUGACAGGCUUCAGUGUCUGGACAUCCCCAUCCUGUCUUAUGAGGACUGUAACAAUUCCUACCCCGGCAUGAUUGACAACACCAUGUUCUGUGCUGGAUACCUGGAGGGAGGAAAGGACUCUUGCCAGGGUGACUCUGGUGGUCCUGUCGUGUGCAACGGUGAGCUGCAGGGUGUUGUGUCCUGGGGCUAUGGAUGUGCUGAGAGGAACUACCCUGGUGUCUACUCCAAGGUCUGUGUCCAGACUGAGUGGCUGCACAACACAAUGGCCAGCUAUUAACACCACCGUUGAACCUCCACAUCAGGAGGACUACUCAACAUUUUUGAUUCUUCAGAUAGCAUAUUUUAUGCUAGGGAUGAAGAAAUACAAAAAUAAAGUGUUAUACAUAUGAA